AUGAUAACAAAGCAUGUCUAUGACAGUCUGGCCGGCCAGGAGGAGCAUAUUCUCCCCCUAACGAACAACAGGCAGCUAGCCUACGCCCACAACGGGCCCAUCACGUCCCGGACCGUGGUGAUCUUCUUCCCAGGCCUCUUCGGCGUCGGUAGUGUAUCGAGAGUAUCGGAAUCAUGCCGCUCGCUCGCAGCCCAUGUGAUCGCGCUGACGCUUCCCGGAAUGGGAGAUACCAGCACCCGCGACAAGUCAGUGCCCUAUCACAUCUUGCUGGCCAAAGACAUAAACACUCUGCUGGCCUACCUAUACCCAACAGAUGCAUUUGACACCCUGUAUCUGUCGGGCGGGUCUUACGGAACGGUGCCAGCACAGAUGCUGUACGGAGCGCCAUAUGAGCUGUUUCCAGCGGGCCGCAAAGUGGCAGGUUGUCUCUUGCUUUCUGGCUUCUCGCCUCUAAAAUACCAUCAGGACUACGCGAGAUCACUGAGUUGGCAGAACUGGUUCUCCUUCGGCCCACCUACGCAGCUGAUCCCAUUCCAUGGCAUACAGUAG